CCCAGUCUCUCUCUCUCUCUCUCCCCACACCAACCCCAUCCCUAAUCAACUCACCCAACCACGACCAGAACUCAAAUCCAAUACCGAGAAGGAAAUCGAAUCGAAGCUCUCUUUUCCCUCCUCCUUCUCGUUCGCCGCCGCAGGAGACCUCGGCCGAGAAGCCUCCGACGGCAGGUUGAGUCCUUGUCUUGGAGGAGAGCAUCGGGAUGGCUUCGAUUGCGCCGUCGUCUUCGUCCGUCGCCGUGCUUCGCCGCCAACCGGUGCAGUUCUUGGGAGGCAGUGAUGUGUCCAAGCAGGCAAAGGGAUCAGUUUCUUAUUCUUUUCCCACAAAUUCGAGAAAUGCCAACAUGAAGUCUCUGGGCUUGAAGAUAGCAGCAUCCUUAAAAAAGAAUAGUGGAUUUCCAGCUGAUGGUUGCUUGGAAAAUGAUGACACACUGUCGUUAAAGAGCACUUCUGUGCGAGCCCAGGACCAUCCAACCACAAACUCUGUUAUUCCUGUGGAUUCUGUUGUUGCAGCAGAAAUCAUAUCUACUGAUCUGUCAUGUGUCGUGGACACAUUGUCAAACGAAGAAGACGAUGCUGAACUUGAUCUGGAUAGUCCGACCGAGGGCUUCUCAUCGAUUUCGGAGGCUAUUGAGGACAUUCGACAAGGAAAACUUGUGAUUGUCGUUGAUGACGAAUCAAGAGAAAAUGAAGGUGAUCUUAUAUUGGCUGCUUCUUUGGUUACCCCAGAGGCUAUGGCUUUCAUAGUAAGGCAUAGCACAGGAAUUGUGUGUGUUAGCAUGAAAGAAAAUGAUCUGGAAAGAUUGAACCUUCCUUUGAUGGUUUCAACAAAGGAAAAUGAGGAGAAGCUAUGUACUGCUUUCACCAUUACUGUGGAUGCUAAAGAAGGCACAACAACUGGGGUAUCUGCAAAGGAUAGGGCAAAGACAGUCAUGACUCUUGCAUCCCCUUACUCAAAGCCUGAAGAUUUCAAUCGGCCUGGCCAUAUUUUCCCUCUGAAGUACAGAGACGGGGGUGUUCUCAAACGAGCUGGACACACUGAAGCAUCUGUUGAUCUUGCUGUGCUGGCUGGGUUACCUCCUGUUGGAGUACUCUGUGAGAUUGUGGAUGAGGAUGGCUCCAUGGCUCGCUUACCCAAGCUGCGCUUGUUUGCUGAAAAGAAUAAUUUGAAGAUCGUAUCGAUUGCUGACUUGAUCAGAUAUAGGAGAAAAAGAGACAGACUAAUUGAACGUGCAUCUGUUGCACGCAUACCUUUGAGAUGGGGCAAUGUCCGUGCUUACUGCUACAGAUCUGUUAUUGAUGGGAUCGAGCAUAUCGCAAUGGUGAAAGGUGAGAUUGGAGAUGGUCAAGAUAUUCUUGUGAGGGUCCAUUCUGAGUGUCUCACAGGAGACAUUUUUGGAUCAGCAAGAUGUGAUUGUGGUGACCAGCUUGCAAUGUCAAUGGAGAGGAUUGAGAAGGCCGGAAGGGGUGUACUAGUUUAUCUUCGUGGGCAUGAAGGGAGGGGUAUUGGUCUGGGUCACAAGCUUCGUGCUUAUAACUUACAAGACGAUGGACGUGACACUGUGGAAGCUAACGAGGAACUAGGACUGCCUGUGGACUCGAGGGAAUAUGGGAUCGGUGCACAGAUAUUACGCGAUCUAGGAGUCCGUUCAAUGAAGUUGAUGACUAACAAUCCUGCCAAAUAUGUUGGUCUGAAGGGUUACGGGUUGAGCAUUGUGGGUAGGGUGCCCUUGGUAACUCCAAUAACCACUGAGAAUCAGAGAUACUUGGAGACCAAAAGAACGAAAAUGGGGCAUGUAUACUCCAAUUGACCAUCCGACCCAAAGCAACGGAACAGAUUAGAAGCGCUAGGCCAACUGGACUUGCUUCCAUUCACAUUUUUAUCUUAUGAUAUUCUUCUACAGUUGAGUUUCUGGGAUUAUUUCAACCCAUAUGUUCCAGGUGAAUUGUUUUCUAGGCCAUGAUAGGUGGAAAUAUAAAUAUUUGGCCAGUAAUAAUAAUAAUUAUCCAAAUGUCCCUUAGUUUCUUUGUAAUUCCCAGAUUUUACAAACACAUUGUUGUAAAUAUACAAAAUCGAAUACAAUUAUGAGCAAAACCACUGCCAAAGGAGGUUUCGGUUCUUUUUUU